GUUGGCUCGGACACCUGCCUGGAACGGAUUGAGGCCAUGGUCCAAGAUGCCAAACGGAAGGCUGGGGGUGACCCACACACUCCUCUUCGAUCGCUGGGCCUCUCCCUGAGUGGAGGGGAGCAGAAGGAAGCCAUCCAGAAGCUCAUUGAGGACAUGAAGAGCCGCUUCCCACAUCUGAGCAAGAGUUACUUCAUCACGACCGAUGCCAUUGGGGCCAUAGCUACUGCGACCAACACCGGCGGUGUGGUGCUGAUCUCAGGAACCGGCUCCAACUGCAAGCUCAUCAAUCCUGAUGGGUCCCAGAUCAGCUGUGGAGGAUGGGGCCACAUGAUGGGGGAUGAAGGAUCAGCUUAUUGGAUCGCCCACCAGGCAGUGAAGAUGGUGUUCAACGGCUUGGACAACCUGGAGGUCCCGCCACACGACAUCAGCUACGUCAAACAGGCCAUGUUUGACUACUUCCAGGUUUCUGACCGAAUGGGGCUCCUAACUCACCUCUACAGAACCUUUGAGAAGUCCAAGUUUGCAGGGUUCUGCCUGAAAUUGGCUGAAGGUGCCACGGCUGGGGACCCCCUGUGCCGCUACAUUUUCCACAAAGCUGGAGAAGUCCUGGCCCGGCAUAUCGUGGCCGUUCUGCCCAAAAUUGACCAGAUCUUACUCCAAGGGGAUCUAGGAUUGCCUGUUGUCUGCGUGGGAUCCGUGUGGAAGAGCUGGGAGAUGAUGAGAGAAGGAUUCAUCCAGGUCCUCAGCCAGGCGCACAGCAAGCAGCUCAACGGCGCCUUCUCCAAGUUCAGCCUGCUGAAGCUGAAGCAGUCUUCGGCCCUGGGCGGGGCCAGCCUGGGAGCCAAGCACAUCGGCCAGGCCGUCCCUCUGGACUACAAAGCCAACGUGGACGCCUUCUACACACACUCCUUUGCCUAGAGGCAGCAACUCCAAUCCAUCCUUAGCGAUGGGGGCCUUCAAAACGUGGACUCUCUCUGCUGCUUUUGGAGGGGCUCAAUUUAUAUGGGCAGGUCCCCGCGCAUGCACACACAGUGUUGCUUUUUAA